AUGCCGGCAUACCACUCCAUCUUCCUCGAGGACCGGGAUGUCCCCGUGAUAGGCAACUUCCCCGUCCUCCCUCUCCGCACCCGCACCCGCGGCCCCGCAUACACCCUCCCCCCGCUCCCCCCUAACACCCUCGACGUCGACGUCCCCGCAGACAGUGAGUCUUAUGACUGCAUCGACGAGAUUCUCUCGCUCUUCCGCGCCAACGUGCUCUUCCGCAACUUCGAGAUCAAUGGCCCCGCGGACCGCAUGCUUAUCUACGGAACGCUGUUUAUCAGCGAGUGUCUGGGGAAGGUGAAGCCGACGAUGGCAGCGAGGGAGGCAGAGAAGGCUCUUAUCAAUGUUGCUCUCGACCAUUUCGCGAUUCCCGGUGACGUGUCGUUCCCGUUUAACCAGGCUUUUGAGCCGCCGAGGGAUCGUCAGGAUGCGGAGACGCUGAGAUCGUACAUUUCCCAAGUACGACAGGAGAUUGCUAUUCGUCUGCAUGCGAGAUUAUACCCCGGUGGUGUUGGUCCUUCGAAGUGGUGGCUCAGCUUCGCAAAGAGAAAGUUCAUGGGCAAGAGCUUCUAG